AAACAAAGGACAGCCAGCCCACAACACCCCCCAGCCUCUGCCCACGAACGUUUAUACCCUCCAGCCUUCACUCCUUCCACACGUUUUAUUCUUCUUCUUCAAUUUUCAUUGCUUCUUUCUCUCUUCUUAGUAACUCUCUUGCUACAAUCUCGCUCUUCGUCUCUCUCUCCCACAAAGAAAGAGCCAAACUCAUAUAACCCAAAAUCAGUAAAGUGGUAAAUCCCCUCUCCUAAUCGAUACAUUCACAAAAAUCUUUGCCUUUCUUGCCCUCCGCUCCUUCCUCCCUCACUGACACAAACUUAGGCAAGCCACAGCCUCUCUCAGUAACAAAUUCAAAGAUUUUUUUCCAACUACAUUCAAGUUCAACAGCAAUUUGUAGCAAGCCAGCAAAUUUUUAACAAAAAAAAGGCCUGAAAAGCAGUAUUGCUUAAACCUUGGCGCAGCCAUUGAAGGUCGAAGGAGAAGAAGAAGGGUUUAAGAUUUUUUGCUACGUUCUUACUUGAAAGUGGUGAAAUAAUCUCUGUAAUGGAGGCUAGUUUAGGAGAAAUCCCCUUUGGUCUCGAUUUUCAUCCUUCAAAAGAACUUGUUGCUGUUUCUCUCAUUACCGGCGACCUUCAACUAUACAAAUAUAAUAUCGAUGAUUCCUCUCUACAAAGAUCGCUGGAUGUUCAUGCUCAUACUGAGUCGUGUAGAACAGUUCGGUUUAUCAACGGUGGACAAGCCGUGGCGACAGGUUCAAAAGAUUGCUCUAUUUUAGCCACUGAUGUUGAAACUGGAUCAGUAAUUGCUCGUCUUGAAAAUGCUCAUGAGAAUGCCAAUAAUAGUUUGAUCAACCUUACAGAGUCAACUGUAGCCUCUGGAGAUGAUGAAGGCUGUAUUAAGGUAUGGGAUACCAGGCAACGUUCCUGCUCGGGUUCUUUUAAUGCUCAUGAAGAUUAUAUUUCAGAUAUGAAUUUUGUAUCAGAUUCCUUGAAAUUGCUAACAACAAGUGGAGAUGGGACUCUUUCUGUUUGCAAUCUUCGAACAUAUAAAGUCCAAACACGCUCUGAAUUUUCUGAAGAUGAGCUUACUUCUGUUCUAGUUAUGAAGAAUGGUCGGAAAGUUAUUUGUGGAUCACAAAGUGGAACUUUGCUGUUAUAUUCAUGGGGAUUUUUUAAGGACUGCAGUGAUCGCUUUGUUGAUCUCUCUCCAAAUUCUAUUGAGGCUUUAUUGAAGCUUGAUGAAGAUAGACUCAUUACAGGAUCUGAGAAUGGACUAAUCAGCCUAGUAGGCAUAUUGCCUAACAGAAUCAUACAACCAAUUGCAGAGCAUUCAGAUUAUCCGGUUGAGGGCCUUGCUUUUUCUCACGAUCGAAGGUUUCUUGGUAGUAUAUCACAUGAUCAGAUGUUGAAGUUGUGGGAUCUCAAUGAUAUAUUGCAAGGUGCUGAAAACACUGUAAACGAUAAAGUUGCUAUGUCAGACAGUGAUAGUGAUGAUAUGGAGGUGGAUGAUAAUCCUUCUCAAUCCAAGACAGGGAGCAAGGUGAAAAAUGCAAAUAAAGGAGCUGCUUUUAGCAGUUCAAAUAACUUUUUCGAAGAUCUUUAGUUGGAUUGUCAAAUACUUGCAACAAUUAUAGGUAAUUUGCACUGUUGGCCAGUGUGCAUAUCUUUUCAUCUACCCUAAAAAAUGUUAAAAGGAUUCAAAUGAGUUAUGCAAUUCAUCUUGUUUUGAUGUGAAGAGAUCCUUGGUGAGGUUUGAUGCAUUAUAGAGGUAGAUUGAUCCAAUUUCAAGGUGCCAUAAAAUGAUCUGUAUGUUGGAAUAACUCAUUAUCUUCUCAUUGGAGUGGGCAAAUCACUUCAUAAAUUUAGAACCAUAUGACAAAUUUUAAAUGCCGACUAUGCAUGACAGCGCUUGAGGUUUGCUGUAAUUAAAAUCCAAAGAUGUUUGCUCUAAUUAAAAUCCGAUGAUUUUGCUGUAAUUCACGCUCAGGAUGUAUGAUAUUUUGUUUGUUUGUUCUAAUAUUUAAAAGAAUUUUUAGUUUUAGUUUACAAAAUAGGAAAAAUGAGAAUUAUUUGGAAAUGACAUUUGAUUUUUUCAAUUAGAAGAAAUUGAGUUAUAGGAGGUGAUAUUUUAGGCA